UCGUCAAUACAAUUUAUUAUUUUCUUUCAUGGUUUUUGGUUAUAUGGGUAGUUCUCUUAUCACAUCCCAUGCCCUUGCAAUUAAUGGUAAUGAGUUUAUCUUGCUAAUGCUAAAGGUAAAUCUUAUUGAACAAGAAUUAACUACUGUUAAUCUAUUUGUUAGAAGUUUAUAUCAACUAUAUGAUGUAGAAUAUCCUCAAGCACAUUUGAUAAUUCAACAACUGACAAAUAAUGCUGCUUGCACACACAAUCAUCCAUUCAACAGCUGUAAUACAGGAAUGGCAUGCGCAAAUUUG